UUUCCGGCAGUAAUCGAGAGUUACUAACGUGCCCCGCCUCCGCCACCCCCCUUCUCUCAGCUUCGGUCCUCUCAACCGCCGCCCGGCUGGCUUGCUGUCCCCGCGCUCCCUCCAGUCCUCCGCCCUCCGCCCCUUCCCUCCCCACCUCGCCUGGCCCUGUAGGCGCCUCCGGCGGCACGGGCUGGGCAAGAUGGCGGCUUUCGGGAUCUUGAGCUAUGAACACCGACCCCUGAAGCGGCUGCGGCUGGGGCCUCCCGAUGUGUACCCUCAAGAUCCCAAACAGAAGGAGGAUGAACUGACGGCUUUGAAUGUAAAACAAGGUUUCAAUAAUCAGCCUGCUGUCUCUGGGGAUGAACAUGGCAGUGCCAAGAACGUCAACUUCAAUCCUGCCAAGAUCAGUUCCAACUUCAGCAGCAUUAUCGCAGAGAAGUUACGCUGUAAUACUCUCUCUGACACUGGUCGCAGGAAGUCCCUAAUGAACCAGAAGGACAACUUCUGGCUGGUGACUGCAAGAUCUCAGAGUGCUAUUAACACCUGGUUCACUGACCUGGCUGGCACCAAACCACUCACACACCUAGCCAAAAAGGUCCCCAUUUUCAGUAAGAAGGAAGAAGUGUUUGGGUACUUAGCCAAAUACACAGUGCCUGUGAUGCGGGCUGCCUGGCUCAUUAAGAUGACCUGUGCCUACUAUGCAGCAAUGUCUGAGACUAAGGUUAAGAAGAAAAACACUGCUGACCCCUUCACUGAAUGGACUCAAAUCAUCACAAAGUACUUAUGGGAACAGCUACAGAAAAUGGCUGAAUACUAUCGGCCAGGGCCUGCAGGAAGUGGAGCCUGUGGUUCUGCUGUAGGACCCUUGCCCCAUGAUGUAGAGGUGGCAAUCAGGCAGUGGGACUACAAUGAGAAGCUUGCCAUGUUCAUGUUUCAGGAUGGAAUGCUGGACAGACAUGAGUUCCUGACUUGGGUGCUUGAGUGUUUUGAGAAAAUACGCCCUGGAGAGGAUGAAUUGCUUAAAUUGCUGCUUCCCCUUCUGCUUCGAUACUCAGGGGAAUUUGUUCAGUCUGCCUAUCUGUCCCGCCGCCUUGCCUACUUCUGUACCCGGAGAUUGGCUCUACAGCUGGAUGGCGUGAGCAGCCACUCAUCUCAUGUUAUAUCUGCUCAGUCAACAAGUUCUCUGCCCACUACCCCUGCACCUCAAGCCCCAACUAGCAGUACACCCUCAACUCCCUUUAGUGACCUGCUUAUGUGUCCUCAGCACCGGCCCCUGGUUUUUGGCCUCAGCUGUAUCCUUCAGACCAUCCUUCUAUGUUGUCCUAGUGCCCUAGUUUGGCACUACUCCUUGACUGAUAGCCGAAUUAAGACAGGCUCACCACUUGACCACCUGCCUAUUGCUCCUUCCAACUUGCCCAUGCCAGAGGGUAACAGUGCCUUCACUCAGCAGGUCCGUGCAAAAUUGCGAGAGAUUGAACAACAGAUCAAGGAGCGAGGACAAGCAGUUGAGGUUCGCUGGUCUUUUGAUAAGUGUCAGGAAGCUACUGCAGGUUUCACCAUUGGACGGGUGCUCCAUACUUUAGAAGUGCUGGAUAGCCAUAGUUUUGAGCGCUCUGACUUUAGUAACUCUCUUGACUCCCUUUGUAAUCGAAUCUUUGGACUGGGGCCUAGUAAGGAUGGUCAUGAGAUUUCCUCCGAUGAUGAUGCUGUAGUAUCUUUAUUAUGUGAGUGGGCUGUUAGCUGCAAGCGCUCUGGUCGACAUCGCGCUAUGGUAGUAGCCAAGCUCCUGGAGAAGAGACAAGCUGAAAUUGAGGCUGAGCGUUGUGGAGAAUCUGAAACAGCUGAUGAGAAAGGUUCCGUCGCCUCUGGUUCCCUUUCUGCUCCUAGUGCACCCAUUUUCCAGGAUGUCCUCCUGCAGUUUCUGGAUACACAGGCUCCCAUGCUAACUGAUCCCCGCAGUGAGAGUGAACGAGUGGAAUUCUUUAACUUAGUACUGCUGUUCUGUGAACUGAUCCGACAUGAUGUUUUCUCCCACAACAUGUACACCUGCACUCUUAUCUCCCGGGGGGACCUUGCAUUUGGAGCCCCUGGUCCUCGGCCUCCUUCUCCCUUUGAUGAUCCUGUGGAUGAUCCAGAGCGCAAGGAGGCCGAAGGCAGCAGCAGUAGCAAGGUGGAGGAUCCAGGCCUCUCUGAAUCUAUGGACAUCGACCCUAGUUCCAGUGUGCUCUUUGAGGACAUGGAAAAGCCUGAUUUCUCAUUGUUCUCUCCUACUAUGCCUUGUGAGGGGAAGGGAAGCCCAUCCCCUGAGAAACCAGAUGUCGAAAAGGAAGUGAAACCCCCACCCAAAGAGAAGCUCGAGGGGACACUUGGGGUUCUUUAUGACCAGCCACGACAUGUGCAGUAUGCCACACACUUUCCAAUCCCACAGAGGAGGGAAGGACUUGUGAUGGAGUCUGAUGGUGCUGCUGGGAUGCAGGAGGAGUCAUGCAGCCAUGAGUGCAACCAGCGGUUGGUCGUACUGUUUGGGGUGGGGAAGCAACGAGAUGAUGCCCGCCAUGCCAUCAAGAAGAUUACCAAGGAUAUUCUGAAGGUUCUGAACCGCAAAGGGACAGCAGAGACUGACCAGCUUGCUCCUAUUGUGCCUCUGAAUCCUGGAGACCUGACAUUCUUAGGUGGGGAAGAUGGGCAGAAGCGACGCCGCAGCCGUCCUGAAGCCUUCCCCACUGCUGAAGAUAUUUUUGCUAAGUUCCAGCAUCUUUCUCAUUAUGACCAACACCAGGUCACGGCUCAGGUCUCCCGGAAUGUUCUGGAGCAGAUCACGAGCUUUGCCCUUGGCAUGUCAUACCACUUGCCUCUGGUGCAGCAUGUGCAGUUCAUCUUCGACCUCAUGGAAUAUUCACUGAGCAUCAGUGGCCUCAUCGACUUUGCUAUUCAGCUGCUGAAUGAGCUGAGUGUGGUUGAGGCUGAGCUCCUUCUCAAAUCAUCUGAUCUGGUGGGCAGCUACACUACCAGCCUAUGCUUAUGUAUUGUGGCUGUCCUUCGACACUAUCACGCCUGCCUCAUCCUCAACCAAGACCAGAUGGCACAAGUAUUUGAGGGGCUCUGUGGUGUAGUGAAACAUGGAAUGAACCGUUCAGAUGGCUCCUCUGCAGAGCGCUGUAUCCUUGCUUAUCUCUAUGAUCUGUAUACCUCCUGUAGCCAUUUAAAGAGCAAAUUUGGGGAACUCUUCAGUGACUUUUGCUCAAAAGUGAAGAACACCAUCUACUGCAAUGUGGAGCCAUCAGAAUCCAAUAUGCGCUGGGCACCGGAGUUCAUGAUUGACACUCUGGAGAACCCUUCUGCUCACACUUUCACCUACACGGGGCUCGGCAAGAGUCUUAGUGAGAACCCUGCUAACCGCUACAGCUUUGUCUGCAAUGCUCUCAUGCACGUCUGCGUGGGACACCAUGAUCCUGAUAGGGUAAAUGACAUCGCAAUCCUGUGUGCGGAGCUGACUGGCUAUUGCAAGUCACUGAGUGCAGAGUGGCUAGGAGUUCUUAAAGCCUUGUGCUGCUCCUCUAACAAUGGCACUUGUGGUUUCAACGAUCUCCUGUGCAAUGUAGACGUCAGUGACUUGUCUUUUCAUGAUUCCCUGGCCACUUUUGUUGCCAUCCUCAUUGCGCGACAGUGUUUGCUCCUAGAAGACCUGAUUCGCUGUGCUGCCAUCCCUUCACUCCUCAAUGCCGCUUGUAGUGAGCAAGAUUCUGAGCCAGGGGCCAGGCUUACUUGCCGCAUCCUCCUCCACCUGUUCAAGACACCACAACUCAAUCCUUGCCAGUCUGAUGGAAACAAACCUACCGUUGGAAUCCGGUCCUCCUGUGACCGCCACCUGCUGGCUGCCUCCCAGAACCGCAUCGUGGACGGAGCUGUGUUUGCUGUUCUCAAGGCUGUGUUUGUACUAGGGGAUGCGGAGCUAAAAGGUUCAGGCUUCACUGUGACGGGAGGGACAGAAGAACUUCCAGAAGAGGAGGGAGGAGGUGGUAGUAGCAGUCGCAGACAGGGUGGCCGCAACAUCUCUGUGGAGACAGCAAGUCUGGAUGUCUAUGCCAAGUACGUGCUUCGAAGCAUCUGCCAACAGGAAUGGGUAGGAGAACGUUGCCUUAAGUCACUGUGUGAGGAUAGCAAUGAUCUACAAGACCCAGUGUUGAGUAGUGCCCAGGCCCAGCGCCUCAUGCAGCUCAUCUGCUACCCACAUCGACUGCUGGACAAUGAAGACGGAGAAAACCCCCAGCGGCAGCGCAUUAAACGUAUUCUCAAGAACUUAGACCAGUGGACCAUGCGCCAGUCCUCCUUGGAACUACAGCUGAUGAUCAAGCAGACCCCCAGCAAUGAGAUGAACUCUCUCUUGGAGAACAUUGCCAAGGCCACAAUCGAGGUUUUCCAACAGUCAGCAGAGACAGGGUCAUCUUCUGGAAGUACAGCAAGCAACAUGCCCAGCAGCAGCAAGACCAAACCUGUGCUCAGCUCUCUAGAACGUUCUGGUGUAUGGCUGGUGGCUCCUCUCAUUGCCAAACUGCCCACCUCAGUCCAGGGACAUGUAUUAAAAGCUGCUGGGGAGGAAUUGGAGAAGGGUCAGCAUCUGGGUUCCUCUUCCCGAAAGGAACGAGAUCGACAAAAACAGAAGAGCAUGUCCCUGUUGAGCCAGCAGCCUUUCCUAUCACUGGUUCUGACGUGCCUGAAAGGACAGGAUGAGCAACGUGAAGGGCUCCUUGCCUCCCUCCACAGCCAGGUGCACCAGAUUGUGAUUAACUGGCGAGAAAACCAGUACUUAGAUGAUUGCAAACCAAAGCAGCUAAUGCAUGAGGCACUCAAACUUCGGCUCAACCUGGUCGGGGGCAUGUUUGACACGGUGCAGCGUAGUACCCAGCAGACUACAGAGUGGGCCCAGCUCCUCCUGGAGAUCAUCAUCAGUGGCACCGUGGACAUGCAGUCUAAUAAUGAGCUCUUCACUACUGUGCUGGAUAUGCUGAGUGUGCUUAUCAAUGGAACAUUGGCUGCAGACAUGUCCAGCAUCUCGCAAGGCAGCAUGGAGGAAAACAAACGCGCAUAUAUGAACCUGGUGAAGAAGCUUCAGAAGGACUUGGGGGAACGCCAAUCAGACAGUCUGGAAAAGGUUCACCAACUGUUGCCACUACCCAAGCAGAACCGAGACGUCAUAACUUGUGAACCACAGGGCUCCCUUAUCGACACCAAGGGCAACAAGAUUGCUGGCUUUGAUUCCAUCUUCAAAAAGGAGGGUCUACAAGUUUCCACCAAACAAAAGAUCUCUCCCUGGGAUCUUUUUGAGGGCUUGAAGCCAUCAACAGCACCACUCUCCUGGGCCUGGUUUGGCACAGUCCGAGUGGACCGCCGAGUAGCACGAGGGGAGGAGCAGCAACGGCUGUUGCUCUACCAUACACACCUGAGGCCUCGGCCCAGAACCUAUUACCUGGAGCCACUACCUCUGCCCCCAGAAGAUGAGGAGCCACCAGCCCCUACCCUACUAGAGCCUGAGAAAAAGGCUCCUGAACCUCCCAAGACUGACAAACCAGGGGCUGCUCCUCCCAGUACCGAAGAGCGCAAGAAGAAGUCUACUAAGGGCAAGAAACGCAGCCAGCCAGCUACUAAGACCGAGGACUAUGGCAUGGGUCCAGGUCGGAGUGGCCCCUAUGGUGUGACAGUGCCUCCAGACCUUCUGCACCAUGCAAAUCCUGGUUCCAUAUCCCACCUUAGCUACAGGCAGGGCUCAAUGGGCUUGUACACCCAGAACCAGCCACUACCUGCUGGUGGCCCUCGUGUGGACCCAUACCGUCCAGUGCGACUACCAAUGCAGAAGCUGCCAACUAGACCAACUUACCCUGGUGUGCUGCCUACAACUAUGACUACCGUCAUGGGCCUAGAACCCUCAUCUUAUAAGACCUCUGUGUACCGGCAGCAGCAACCCACAGUGCCCCAAGGACAGCGCCUUCGCCAACAGCUCCAGGCAAAGAUACAGAAUCAGGGGAUGUUGGGACAGUCAUCUGUCCAUCAGAUGACUCCUAGUUCUUCCUAUGGUUUGCAGACUUCCCAGGGCUAUACUUCUUAUGUUUCUCAUGUGGGAUUGCAGCAACACACAGGCCCUGCAGGUACCAUGGUGCCCCCCAGCUACUCCAGCCAGCCUUAUCAGAGCACCCACCCUUCUACCAAUCCUACUCUUGUAGAUCCUACACGCCACCUGCAACAGCGGCCCAGUGGCUAUGUUCAUCAGCAGGCCCCAACCUAUGGGCACGGAUUGACUUCCACUCAAAGGUUUUCACACCAGACACUGCAGCAGACACCCAUGAUGGGUACUAUGACUGCGUUGAGUGCUCAGGGUGUCCAGGCAGGCGUCCGUUCAACUUCCAUCCUGCCUGAGCAGCAGCAGCAGCAGCAGCAACAACAACAGCAGCAACAACAGCAACAGCAGCAGCAGCAGCAGCAGCAGCAACAGCAGCAGCAACAGCAGCAGCAGCAGCAGCAGCAGUACCACAUUCGGCAGCAACAACAGCAGCAGCAGAUCCUACGGCAACAGCAGCAACAGCAGCAGCAGCAGCAGCAGCAGCAACAGCAGCAGCAGCAGCAACAACAGCAGCAACAGCAGCAACAGCAGCAGCCACACCAGCAACAGCAGCAGGCAGCUCCUCCCCAACCCCAACCCCAGUCUCAGCCCCAGUUCCAGCGCCAGGGGCUUCAGCAGACCCAGCAGCAGCAACAGACAGCGGCUUUGGUGCGGCAACUUCAACAACAACUCUCCAAUACCCAGCCACAGCCCAGUACCAACAUAUUUGGACGCUACUGAACCACCUGGAGGAACUGCUUGUACACUGGAUAGAGCCCAGCCUUUCUGCUUAAUUCCCAGUCCCCUUCCUGGGCGAGCUCCAGUAGUGGUUGAGGUCCUUCCCUCAGGCUCCGUUUUUAAUGAAUUUUUAGUAUUUUUGUUAACAUGAAUCAUUGAACUGUU